CCAUUGUUUCAAUCCGGUAAAUAGUAAGUGCCGUUUAAAGCACUUGUCUAAAUAUAUAUACCAACAGACAAGUUUUUUCUUUCUUUUCUUUUAUUGCUUCUCAUCAUAUCAUACAUCUAACCAUUUUUUAUGCAACGACAUGCAGGAGGGCUACAUGGUGCCCCCAAGCAAAUCCGCCCGCCCCUUCCCCAUGGACCGCCUGAAAUCACGCAUAAUCUUCCACGACGGCCGCCUUGUGCAGCGGCCGGACCCACUCAACGCCAUCCUCACCUACCUCUGGCUCCCCUUUGGCUUCAUCCUCUGCAUCCUCCGCGUCUACAUCAACCUCCCCCUCCCCGAACGCAUUGUUCCUUACACCUACGCCAUGCUCGGCAUCAAGCUCGUCAUCCGCGGCCACCGCCCCCCGCCCCCCUCCCCCGGCACUCCCGGCAACCUCUACGUCUGCAACCACCGCAGCGCUCUCGACCCCAUCGUCACCGCCAUCGCCCUCGGCCGCAAGGUCUCCACCGUCACCUACAGCGUCAGCCGCCUCUCCCGCUUUCUCUCCCCCAUCCCCGCCAUCGCCCUCACCCGCGACCGCGACGCUGACGCCCUCCGCAUUGCUGAGCUCCUCCAGAAGGGCGACCUCGUCGUCUGCCCCGAGGGCACAACGUGCCGCGAGCCCUACUUGCUCCGCUUCAGUGCUUUGUUCGCGGAGAUGAGCGACAGGAUCGUCCCCGUGGCUGUCAACUGUAGGCAAAGCAUGUUCUACGGCACCACCGUUAGAGGUGUCAAGUUUUGGGACCCUUACUUCUUCUUCAUGAACCCGAGGCCGGUCUACGAGGUGACUUUCCUCGAUCGGUUACCGGAGGAGAUGUCGUGCAAGGCCGGAGGGAAAUCGGCGAUCGAGGUGGCCAAUCAUGUGCAGAAGGUGUUGGGGGAUACGCUUGGGUUCGAGUGCACUAGUUUGACUCGAAAGGAUAAGUAUUUGUUGCUUGGAGGGAAUGACGGCAAGGUGGAGUCUAUGUAUAAGAAGUAGUAAUAAUGAUAAUUUUUGUGAUGUGGGAGUAGUAAUUUUGUCUUUGUGGGGUGUCUAGUGAGGGGUAUUUGUGAAAUCAGAUGUAUGAUUGGUAUUGUUUGAUCUCUUUUUGGGAUUUUAUGUAUGAAGGGAAAUAGAAGCAAUAAUUAAGAAACUAUUUAUGAUUUUUCACUUCUUGUGUAGUUGGCAUGAAAAUUUUUCCCCAUUAAUUCAGAUUCCUGAUUCACUUCGGCUUG